GCAGAGGCGGUGCAGAGCUAGAGGAAGCGUUCAGCCAUUUUAGACGAGCGCUCGGACACGGACAAAAACAUUGACCUAAAUGUCCAUGUUCUCUGUUUUAAUGUAGCUAAAAGAUUGUUAUAGAAAAAUACACUGGGUUCUGAAGAGGAGGACAAACAGGGCGACUUAAAGUCUCCUAAAAAAACAACAACAUAACGGCUCUUAAAGAUGGCCGUCGAUAGGCGAGACGACAAAGAUGGAGAGCUUAAUGUUCUGGAGGAUAUCUUGACCGAUGCUCCAGAUCAAGAUGACGAGCUCUACAACCCUGAAAGUGAACAUGACCUGAACGACAAGAAAGGUUCCAAGCGAAAGAACGAACGUGGGGACAGCCACGAUGCAAAGCGACUGAGGUCUUCUGGCCACUCCACCAGGCAGUUAGUUAAGAGGUCAGUAUCAUCCAGUAGAGCCAUUGGGAAAAAGGUGAUCAGCAUGAGAGGCAGACACCACCCUGAUGACUUCUACGAAGACAGGAGGAACCAUUCUGGCAGAGGGCGAGCUCCCCGGACUGAUCUGUCCAAAGGACACAGCAGAGACCACCAUAGAAGGAUCAAGCCACUGAUGCCAGAACUGAAUCAGAAGCUGAGGAGGACGAGUGAAGAGAGCCUGGGCCGGGUCAGCCGUUCCUCGAAAGACGAGGAAGAAGCACAGUCGGAAGAGUACGCUUCAGAGCAGGAGACGGGUAGUUCCGCAGGCUCCUCUGAAGGCAACCGCUCUGACUGUGAGGAAGAAGAGGUGAUGGAGGAUGAGGAUGAUGAAGGAGAGAAGGGCCCAGACGAUGAAGAGGAGGAAGAGGAUGUUGAGGGAGAAGAAGGAGAAGAUGAGGAUGAAGACUAUGAGCUGGAGGAUGGAGACCAGCAGGAAGGGAACGAGCAGAACGACUACGACACACGCAGCGAAGCAAGCGAGUCACAGUCAGAGUCUGUGUCCUUUUCAGAGGGCGAGUCGGUGCACUCCGCCUCAGGCUCUGAGGCUUCAGAUAAGGAAAGAAAAGAGAAGAAGCACGCUAGAGGGAUAUCACCAAUCGUUUUUGAUAGAAGUGGAAGCUCAGCUUCAGAAUCAUGCACAGGGUCCGAAAAGAAGCACGAGAAGUUGUCAUCCUCCGUACGUGCCGUGAGAAAAGAUCAAACCAGCAAGCUGAAAUACGUGCUGAGAGAGGCUAGGUUCUUUCUAAUCAAGAGCAACAACCAUGAGAAUGUUUCUCUUGCCAAAGCAAAGGGAGUAUGGUCAACCCUGCCUGUGAACGAGAGAAAGUUGAACGCGGCGUUCCGUUCGGCUAGAAGCGUCAUCCUUGUUUUUUCGGUCAGGGAAAGCGGUAAAUUUCAAGGUUUUGCUCGACUAUCAUCUGAGUCUCAUCAUGGAGGUUCUCCCAUCCACUGGGUCCUGCCUGCAGGCAUGAACGCUAAGAUGCUUGGCGGAGUCUUCAAAAUCGACUGGAUAUGCAGGCGGGAGUUACCUUUUACAAAGUCAGCACACCUUACCAAUUCCUGGAACGAACACAAGCCUGUAAAGAUCGGACGCGAUGGACAGGAGAUCGAGACGAACUGUGGCCUACAGCUGUGCAUGCUCUUCCCUCCGGAUGAGAGCAUUGACUUGUAUCAGGUUAUUCACAAAAUGCGCCACAAGAGGAGGACGCACUCGGAGCCUCGAUCCCGGGGCCGUCCCCCGCACAGAGAGCCCGCCCCCCGAGACCUGGGAAGGCAUCGUCCAGAGGAAUAUGACAUGCACAACAGGAAGCGACCCCGGAUUGACUAUCCUCCCGAGUUCCCCCAGAGACCAGGUUUUAUGCAAGACCCACGCAACCAGCCUGUGGACAGGCGAUUUUCUGGUGUAAGGAGAGAUGUUUUCCUCAAUGGCUCGUACAAUGAUUACAUGCGGGAGUUCCAUCACAGCAUUGGGCCUCCACCUCCAUGGCAAGGGAUGAUUAUUUCUGUUCCCCUGAAGGCACCAUAUCCGGGAAUGGAUCAGCCUCCUCACCACCCAUAUUACCAACACCAUCCUCCCCCACCUCAGGCUCACCCGCCCUACUCUGGUCAUCACCCUAUGCCCCAUGAGGCACGUUUCAGGGAGAAGAGGGUCGUUCGUUCUUUCUCCUCCAGUCUGCACGAUUACGACAUGCGCGUGGACGACUUCCUGCGACGCACCCAGGCGGUGGUGAGCGGCCGCAGAAGCCGGCCCAGAGAGCGCGAGCGCCAGAGAGAACGCGAACGACCAAGAGACGCCCGGCGAGAGCGUGAAAGAGAGAGAGGCCGCGAACGUGACCGUAACAGAGAUCGCAUCAGAGACCGUGACCGUGAGAAAGAAAGAGGGCGCUAUCGCAGAUAAGACAAGUCAUCUCCACAGCUUGUUUCUCUCAUUAUGAUCACAUGGAAAGGAUGUGCUCUGUAACACAUUAGAUUGUCUAUUGGUUCCCCCUUUUAAGUUCUGUCUGGAGAACACACACACACACACCCCUUUAGAGUUUUGUUUUUUUGUAGAUAUUUUUUUUUUUGCUUGUGUAUAAAGCUAAAGAAAAUCUCCUCUGUUCCUUUCGAAGUGUUAUUUUUAAAUAUAAGCAUUUUCUUGUUUUACAGGAAAUGUAUUGUAUCGCGCAUGCAGCGUUUUCUACUGUGACAACCAAAAAUGUUUUUUUAUUUUUAUUUUUUUCCCCCUCUUUCAAUCGCGCAGCAUCUAGAGGCCUCUGUUUACCAUGCCAGGAGAUGCUGCCAGUCCUUGUACAUACAGUGUGUACACUGCUAAUCAACUCUAUCAUGCGGUUACAAUAAUGCACACGUGUGUCUGUGAUAUGUUAUUGUACAGAGCUUCUGAAUGGACUGUUAUGCAGUACAACAAACUGCAGCAAGUUCUUUUAUUUGGCUUUACGUUCUGAAUGUUAUGUUUUGCGUAUGUGGGU